GAUUGGUGAGUGGACACAGCGUGAUCGAGCCUGCAGUCUUCACUGAUCAUUACCAACCUCCUGGCUGACACUUUAGACCCAUCAUGGAGUCAGGAAAGCAGCUAACAGGUACAUUGGCCCUGGCUGUGUUCACAGCAGCUCUGGGGUCCCUGCAGUAUGGCUACAGUCUUGGAGUCAUCAACGCACCCCAGAAGGUUAUUGAAAAGCAUUAUGGCCGGUCCCUGGGGGUGUGGUCAGAAAGGGUGGCUGCCCUGUCAGAAAACAGCACAGACAAAGAAAAGUUCUCAGAGGCGGGACACCACCCUGACGUGAUCAAGUAUUGGUCAUUGUCUGUGGCCAUCUUCUCCAUUGGUGGCAUGUUAUCCUCCUUCCUGGUGGGAUUUGUGGGAGACCUGAGAGGGAGGGUGAAGGGCAUGUUAAUGGUCAAUGUUCUGGCUGUAGCUGCCGGACUGCUGAUGGGUCUUUGCAAGAUGUGGAAACCUCACAUCAUGGUCAUCUCCGGCCGCGCUGUUAUGGGCUUUUACUGUGGGUUGACAUCUGGGCUAGUGCCUAUGUACAUUGGAGAGAUCGCACCCAAAGCUUACAGAGGGGCUCUGGGAACAUUACACCAGCUGGCUAUUGUUCUAGGCAUCCUAAUCAGCCAGGUAAUAGGCUUGGACUUUGUGUUUGGUAAUGAUGAUAUGUGGCCCAUAUUGCUUGGUCUGUCUGGAGCUCCAGCAGUUUUGCAAUCCCUCUUGCUGCCUCUAUGCCCUGAGAGCCCCCGGUACCUUUACAUUAUAUUGGGCAAGGACCAAGAGGCUAGAAAAAGUCUGUAUCGUCUAAAGGGGGCGUAUGAUGCUACUUUUGAUCUGGAAGAGAUGAGGAAGGAGAAAGAGGAGGCAGACAGGGAGCCCAGAGUGUCAAUCCUUUCUUUGAUCCGCUCCUCCGUGUACAGACAGCAGCUGGUUGUUGCCCUCAUGAUGCACCUCUCCCAACAGUUUUCUGGCAUCAAUGCGAUCUUUUAUUACUCUACGGAUAUCUUCACUCGGGCUGGUGUCGGUCAGCCAGUCUACGCCACUAUAGGAGUCGGGGUCAUCAACACUAUCUUCACUCUGGUGUCUGUUGCACUGGUGGACAAGGCUGGCAGACGCACCCUGACUCUGGUUGGUCUGGGAGGGAUGUGCUGCUGUGCAGUUGCCAUGACAGUGGGCCUCACAUUGCAGGAUACAUACUCAUGGAUGAGCUACGUCAGCAUGACAGCCAUAUUCCUCUUUGUGAGUUUCUUUGAAAUUGGUCCUGGUCCCAUUCCAUGGUUCAUAGUUGCCGAACUGUUCAGUCAGGGACCUCGGCCUGCGGCCAUCGCUCUGGCUGGCUGCUGCAACUGGACCAGCAACUUCAUCAUAGGCAUGACUUUUCCAUAUAUACAGACUUGGUUGGAUUCUUAUGUUUUCAUCCUGUUUGCUGUGCUGCUUCUCGGUUUCACCGUGUUUAUUUAUUUUCGUGUCCCUGAGACCAAGGGCAAAAGCUUUAAGGAGAUUGCUGCUGUCUUCCAAAAGGGCCGCAAAAAGUCCACACAAAGCCCCAAAGAUGCUACUGAACUGCAGCAGCUCAAAACAGCCACAGAUGCUUGACACAAAUGCUCUGUAUUUGUGUGGUCUAUUUGUAUGUGCGUUAAAAGUGUGUAUCCAUCUGUCAGUAUUUCAAAUGUUUCAAAGUGUUUAUGUACAUUUAUCCUUGUAGUAGCCUAUUCUUAUAAUUACUUGGUGAAUUAAGGAUUUUAUUUUACACAAGGUGACAUUUUCAUAAUGUAACUUGUCCGUUAUAUGGAGUGCUGCUUACAUUGAAUCCAAAUAUAAACUUGUAUUGUGACUUGUCUCGCAUUGCCAGAUCUUCCUCCACAGCGCUGCAGAGGAGGGUCUGGCUAGUCCACACAGCAUUCCGGAAUGGGAGAAAAACAUGCUCUUGUUUAUUGGCAUUUCUUUAAACCAACC